AUGUUCAGAAAGAUCCACUCCAUCUUUAACUCCAGCCCGCAGAGGAAGGCGGAGGUGGCGGAGAGUUCCUACUACGACGGAGCCAGCCGCGCCGUGAGGCUGAUCCGCAGCAGCUCCGUGUAUGUGGUCGGGGACCACGGGGAGAAAUUCAGCGAGUCCUUGAAGAAACACAAAAGCGCCAGCAGCAUGGACACCAGCCUGUACUACCUGCAGCAGGAGGGGGACCGGGCGUGGAUGUGCUCGCGCACGCAGGCCUGCCUGCAGUACUUACAGGAGCUGCUGGCCCUGCGGAAGAAAUACCUCAGCAGCCUCAACGACCUGCAGCCCAGCCGCGCCCAGGCCGGCUCCUCCACCUCCUCCAAAUCCUCCCACGGAGGAAGAAAGGCCCGGGGCCAGUCCACCUCCAAAGAAAUAAAGAAAACAACCCCAAAGAAGUACUCGCAGUUCAGCACAGAUGUGGCAGAGGCCAUUGCCUUCUUUGACUCCGUCAUUGCAGAGCUGGACACAGAGAAACGGCCGCGGGCUGCUGAGGCAGACCCACCAAAUGAAGACGUGGACUUUGAUGUGGCCACCAGCUCCCGGGAGCACAGCUUGCACUCCAACUGGAUACUGCGGGCACCGCGCCGGCACUCCGAGGACAUCGCUGUGCACACCGUGCACACGACAGACAGCCAGUUUCGAAGGAGCACGGAGCGCAGGACCAUUGGCACUCAGAGGAGACUCGAGAGGCACCCCAUCUACUUGCCCAAGGCUGUGGAAGGGGCAUUCAACACCUUGAAAUUUAAGCCCAAAGCCUGCAAAAAAGACCUGGGGAGCUCCAGACAGAUCCUCUUCAGCUUCUCGGGAGAAGACAUGGAAUGGGAUGCGGAGCUCUUUGCGCUGGAGCCCCUGACAUCUCUGGGGGAGGACCACUAUGAGACAGAGAACCCCAAAGGUCAGUGGCUACUUCGAGAGCAACUCUGGGAGUGGACAGUGCCCUGA